ACUCUUAAAAAAACUAAAUAGAAAAAAGACAAAACAAAAAUAAAAACAGGCUGCAGCUUCAAAUCUUGCCCGAGUGGAUUGAAGAAGCAGAUCCCACGAGAGAUAAGAAAAGGUGCUCUGACAAUUCUAUUUCUUCCCUUGGCAUUAGGCCUCUGCAUGGGACAUAAUUUGUGAGUAAAGCUUCCUCAAAAGCCUACUUCUUUUUUUGUGUCUUUGUUCAAAAGAGGCCUAAAGUAAAAAGAAUGUCGAGAACGAGACUCACAUUGCGAAUGUAAGGGUAAAUGCUCUACCAGUGAAGCUAUAAAUCCCGCAAAGUAGAAAAGCUUUACAUCUCUACCAUCCUCCAACUUACAUGCCUAAAACCUAAUUUAUAUCAAAUUUUAAUUAUUAUUAUUUUUUGUUGGGGAAAAUCAAUAACAUGCUUUGAUAUGCAGUUUGGGUCUGAUUUUCUUUUUGGGUGAACAUUGGUACUAUAUAUGAUAAUGGCGGCCCAUAAGAUAGCCCACCAGGCCAAGUGACGAGCUAAGCCCACAACAAAAUUCACACAUCAAAGCGCGAAUUUCGCACCGCAAACCGCAGCUCAAAAAGCUGCAGAGCAGAGGAGAAGACGAACGAAAAAACGGACGAUGUCUGAAGAGAAGCAACCGGCGAUGACGAAAUGCGAUCGGCUGCAAAGCGCUUUGAUGGAUUGCCACAGGCGGAUUGGGCCGGGUCUGGCUCGCGAGGCGGCGUGCCGGCACUUGAACCGGGGUUUGGCGGAGUGCCUGGUGUCGGUGGCGUGCCCGGAGGAGUGGGAAGCGGUUCGGAGCCUGUGCGGUAGUGGAGGAACGAGUCUGAAGCGGUCGCAGUGCCAAGAGGCUCAGCUCUCGCUCUCAGUCUGCCUCUCCUCUCACCAACACCAGCCAAAUACAGAAUAGAAGAUAUAUAUAUAUAUUUUUUUUAACUUUUUAUUUUGUUAAUAAUUAGGAUGCAUAAUACAAAAAUGUAAUUUUGAUGGAUGACGCUUUUAUUUUCAUUUUGUGAUUGGUUCAUUGGAUUAAGCUCACACAGUAUAUCAAAGUUCGUG